CCAUCACCUCCAUUAACCGAACAUAAGCAGCAGCGGCACCAACCUAAAGUCGGCGUUACCGUCUAUAAUGACCAAGCAACUGCAGCUUUAUCGUCACCAUCGUCACCGCCACCACUCAUCAUGCCGACACCACAAAUGGCCGUGCCACUUACCAAGCAGAUGUUAUUAGAAUCCAAUAAUCCAUGGGCUGAUAAGACCCUGGACGAAGAUGGAUUAGCAGCUGGGUAUUCACGAGAUGAACCAUCGUCACGCGCAGACGCCGCACUUGAAUCAUCAGCGCUGCCACUGCCGCCACCACUACCAGCUCCACCAGCUCCUAAGCCAGUAGAACAUCGGCAUCGUCAAAGAAGCCGGUCCGAAAUUAAUGCACUGUAUCACAAACUAUGGACGUACCAGCAAGAGUAUGGAGCAUGGGCACAACGGGAAAGUGAGCAUCGUAAGCGUGAGGAAUGGAUGUACAAGAAACUACAAGAAACGCGUGCACAGUUGAAACAAUUGCGAUUGGCGACCUAUCAACAACAACAAUCUCAACAUCGUCCCAUUGUUGACGAGGCUUUUUGUGAUGAGCCUGAGGAAACAUCCGACGUUGAAAACGAAGCAGAUCGGUCACGCACCAAUCAGAAUCACCCUUGGCGGCAAUAUCGAGUGCCUGAAAAUUUUUAUGCUGCUGCUGAUGAUGAGGAUCGUAGUAGCUACUAUUCUGAUGAUGACCAAGGUAGUGACAAUGACGAGAGCUCCGGAUAUGUCUCCGAGGAGGAAGAGCAAAACGCGAAUGAACGGGAAGAGAUGUGUCAGCUUCAACGGAGGCGGUAUAUCCCCCAACGUCAUUAUCCUCAUCCAGCUGCUGCGUACUAUUUCUACCCUCCUCCACAUCCACAAUCGGAUCACGUUCGUCCUUGGUCAGCUGUUUACCAUCAUCAACAGCAGCAACAACAGCAGCAGCAGCGCAUGGAUAAUCGGAUGCUGCCACCUCCAUUCUAUUACUAUGGUUACCAACAACAACGGCCGUUGCUUAGGAGGCGCAGCCGGAAAUCAUCCGAUACCAGCGUACGAUCAGUGCCGGUACUACGCCAUAGCAAUAGCACGACAAGUAGCAGUAGGGGAGGAGGCACUGGAGGCAGCAUUCCGCGGAACUCGCUACUAUUAUCCAACAACAACAUACCUCCAGAAUUCACGGGUGAUCAUUUGUAUGCGUGGAAUCCCAAUACAAGUGCUCGUCGUACUGCUUAUUUGUAAUCGUUGUCUGUUUGUGUUUUGAUAAUAACAUGUAAUACAUGUCAUGUUCUUUUUUUUCCCUUGUUUUUGAUGUCUUCCACCGUUGG